AUGAGUGAGUUCCUUGAGUGCACCCGGCCUUGGGAGACGCACACCGGCCUCAAACCGCAGAUUCCAGAUGCAUUUUGGGAUCGAAGCCAUCGAUGGCACGAGGGGGACCAUAUGUUUCAGAGUUUGGACCAUAUUGUGCAGGCAUUUCUAGAUGACGAGACACCAAUUUCCUACGUUGAUAAUUAUGCGCUCAGACCUUUCCAUCAUUCCAAGUACGAAUGGGUAAUUCGACCCUACACAAAGUCGGAGGAUGUGUUCAAGCCGCAUGUCAAUGCCUUCGUCACAGAUUCGGAGGCCCUACUCCCAGAUCGCCUCGGUACAGGCGAGGUAUCCACUGCCUUUGGCCUUAUUACCCAGAGUCAAUUUCAAGAUGGAUACAACUCAUACCGGUACAUCCCCGUCACUAUCUUCUCGGCUUCAGACCGCCAGAUGCGUGUUCUUCAGUGCUGGCAUGACAAGCAGAAUCCGAAGACUCGUCAUGUCCGCCGGUCACCGAUCAUGGAAUUUCGGCAUGGCAUGAGAGCGAAUUGGAGGGACUGGGUUACUGUUCUCUGCUGGAUUGCCGGUAGGCUGGUGGGAGAUACAGAUACAGAGAAUGGGAGCGAGGCUGUUGGCCGAUUGGGUACUGUUGAUGUUUUGCAUUGA